AAGUCGCCUUAAGAGGGUGUUUUUAUCAAAGCAAAUUACCCAGAGCAUAAAUGAAGUAAAGACAAUAAAGUCAUACUCAAAGUCUGAACUCUCAGAAUUGGGCCAGGUUCCUGCCGGGUACAAGUUCGUUACGAGUAAAUCGGAGUGCCUCCCAGACACGCGGGCCAGGAUGCAGGAUUCUCUAUUGAAUCAUCUGAGGAAUGCCGAGAGCCGAUUUGUAUGGCUGCGAGGUUCUCCUGGUACCGGGAAAACAGCGAUAUGCAAAAGUAUCUCAUCCACUCUGGACAGGCAAGGUGCUCUGGCAGCAUCGUUCUUUUGGGAUAAAAACCGAAAAGGCACCGGCCUUGAUUCUAUCGAAAUGUUUCCCUCCGCUCUUGCAUACCAGCUUGCACACUUCAGUGCAGACUACGAAAUUCUGCUCGUCAAGCAGCUUCAGGACCCGGCUCUUAGGAUGGUCCAGAGUCUACCUCUAGAAGAACAAAUGAGGGCUCUGGUCAUUAAACCUAUGGGUGGCAUCAAGGACAUGCUUUCAUCAGGGGAGGAACAUCUCGCCAUUGUCUUGGAUGGAUUGGACGAGUGUGGGAACCAAGAGGCGCUUGAAUCCCUAAUGAGGCUCGUGAUGAUGCUUGAGGGUCUGCCUUCGGCAUUUGCCGUAUUAGUCAGCUCACGUCCAGAGACGCAAGUUAUUCGGGCUCAGGCUCAAGGUGGAGUUUGGGGUGAUGUCAUUCCGUGCGAAAACAUGGACAUGAUCAAUAAAAGCGAAACUUUUCGCACUAUACGCCGCAUGGUAGAUGAUGGGUUGAAGAUCCGCAUCUCGGAAUCAUUAUGGAAACCAUUGGAGGAGGAACUCGAUACUUUUGCUUCAGCAUGUCGCGAAUUGCCCGUUAUUGCCUCGAUGCGUAUACGUGAAGUCUGUGCUCAGACUCAACGAGGUGCCACCCUCAAAUCGGAGUUCGAUUACUUCCGAAAUCUCUUGGAUGCACCGACUGAUCUCAAUUCAGAUGGGGACGAUUGCUGUGGCGCGGGAAUCGUUGAGGUUGCGUUCCAUUGCGCAGCUUUUGGGAAUUACGGAAGAUGAAGUCUAUGCAACUUUGAGACCAAUCAGUUCAAUCGUCUAUCUUCCUUCAACAACAUGGGGGCAGCCCAAAUUUUAUCAUGCAGCAGCGAAGGAGUUCAUCGUGGGGCAUCCGAUC